UUGUUUUGGAAUUUUUAAUUUUGUUAAGUAAAACAGACAUUUUGGGAAAACAUUUUCUUUGUUACAGCAGCACCUUGGCAGAGCUCACAUAACUGGUGAACAUGUUGUCCUGUGGACUUCUCCUGUGUUUUUCCAUAACAGGUAUUGUCUUCGCGCAGUCCGACAGCUCUGGAUUAUUUUAUGCACUGAGAUCAGAACUGUCUGAAGACGCUAUCUUGGUGGCCAACAACGGAAUACGCGUGCCUUUCGGGAGGUCGGUUUUUAUCGAUCCAAUCAAUGAUUUGGUCAUUCAGACACAGCCCGGCGACCGGUGCAGCAUCAACGUGCUCGAUAAUGAUCCGCUCUCGCAGAGACCGGGUCAUCUGUCUCCCAAAAAGUUUCCCUGCGAUUUUGGUCCAAAUGAUGUGACUUACUCCCACCACGGAUCGAGAAGUCCGGCUAAAGACAGAGUGAGGAUGCAGCUCAGGUAUGACGCGCAAACCGAAACGGUCAUUAUCCCGUUUAUGAUGGAGGUUGAAGUAAUGUUCACGCAGCUCGAGUUAAUCACCAAAAACAUGCCUCUGACUGUUGAUCUCCUCAAAGGGAUCAGUAACCCUAUUAAUAAGAGGAUUUUAGAGUUCGCUUAUGACAGUGAAUCUCACAAAUGCGAGGUGACAUCCCAGUCCAGCAGCAGCAGCAGCAACUCGCUGCCUAGAUACGGGAAACUCAUCGAUGGGGGUAAACUUUCUGCAAUGAUGGACUGUGAUGAAUUCACGCGAGCUGAUAUCCGCUAUGAGCACACUUUUCAGCGCAAGUCCCCCAACAGGGAUUAUGUCCCCAUGGUUGUGGAGCUGCAUGAUAAGGAAGGCAACCUAGUGAAACAGGAGUAUUUUCAUCUUAUGAUUCGCAUCAAAGGGGGAGAGGAGAACACUCCCCCCAAACCCAGCUUUGUGUCCAUGAUGAUGAUGGAGGUCAGCCAGUUUGUCAUGACCGCCCUCACCCCUGAUAUGCUUGCUGCUGAAGAUGCCGAGUCAGAACCAGACAAGCUUAUUUUCAAUAUUACUUCCCCCUUAUCUUAUGAGGAAGGCUAUAUAGUCAGCACUGAUGACAGAAACCUCCCCAUCACCUCCUUCUACCAGAGAGACUUGCGUGAUCUUAAAAUAGCUUAUAAGCCCCCCUCCCUGGAUUCAGACACUGAGAGGAUUUUCCAGCUUGAAUUUGAGGUGGUGGACACAGACGGGGCCAUCUCAGACCCAUUUGCUUUUAUGAUUGUUGUGAAGCCCAUGAACACUCUGGCCCCUGUCGUGACACGCAACACGGGUCAGCUGCUGUAUGAGGGGCAGUCUCGGCCUCUCUUCAGCGCUCACAACUUGGAGAUCAGUGAUGAGGACAACCUCGACUCUGUCAGAGUCACAGUGGUGGAUGGGCUGCGCCACGGGGACCUCACAGUGCUGGGCUCUCACAGGAAAUUCUUCACACCCGCAGACCUCGCAACAGGAGUUGUUGUGUACCAGCACGACGGGACUGACACAUACAGCGACAACAUUGUCUUCAAAAUGACAGAUGGGCAAAAUGAAGUUGAAUUUCUCUUUCCUAUUACAAUUGUUCCCACUGAUGACGAGCCACCGAUUAUAAAUGCCAACACCGGUUUGGUGCUGUUCAAAAAGCAAAUGAUGCCCAUAUCUCCCCUCAUGCUCAGCGCUGCUGAUAUUGAUUCUGAGGACUCAACUAUUAAAUUCAUCAUUGUGCCCCCUUUUUCUUCUAUUGGCACGUUGCUCCUAAGGCAGUCAGACGCCCCUGAGGACCCUUCCUCUUGGAAAUUUAAUGCUGAGGAUGAAGUAUAUGAGAAAGAGGUGACAGAGUGGCUUCAGAAAGACAUCACGGAUGGGAGGUUGUUUUACAAGCACACAGGGCCUCACAACACAGAUGCAUUCACGGAUCAGUUUGUAUUCACAGUCCAGGAUGACAACGACCCCCCUAAUUUGUCAGAAGAGAGUGUGUUUAUAAUCCGAGUUUUACCUGUCGAUGACGUACCCCCCGAGCUGUUCCCUGGCACCACCCUGCAAAUGAUUGUUCAGGAGUACAAACCUACUCACUUUAGCAAAGAAGUUCUGCACUAUACUGAUUUGGACUCCGAGGACCGUGACCUCAAGUAUACAGUCAUCCAGCCCCCCACAGAUACAGAUGAAAAUAACCCUGUUGUGUUCGGUUCUUUGGUUCUGACAGAGCACUCCGGCACUGAAGUAACAGAGUUCACACAAGCUCAAAUUAACCACCAUAAGGUGUCCUACGAGCCCCCAGAUGUUGAGCUUGGAAUCACAGCCCACGUUGUGCAGUUUCGUUAUACUGUUGAAGACACAGCUGGAAACAGUAUAGAAGGGGUUUUCACCAUCUAUCUCCAGCCUGUUAACAACAAACCUCCUCAGAUCACAAACACCGGCUUUACUGUGCUUGAACGGGGCAUACAUAUCAUCACAAUCGCUGAACUAGAUGCUACAGACCCCGACACUGAGAGGGAGCAAAUAACCUUUACUCUGAGUCAGCCUCCUAAGCAUGGUCAGAUCCAGGUUGCAUUCACUGACCUGGAAAAAAAAGGAGUUUUUAGACUUGAGGAUAUCUCAGAGGGAAAGUUAUUGUAUAUUCAAAGUGGAGAAGAGACAGUAAACGAUGAAUUUCAGCUGGAUGUCAGUGAUGGGAUUCAUAUUGUGACCGUGACGGUCAAAGUUAAUGUAAAGCCUGUCGAUGAUGAAUCUCCAACCAUCAGCUUGCCUGCGGGAACAAUCGGGUCUCAUAUGGAGGUGCUGGAAAAUGGAGCCACAGAAAUAACAACUAAUGUGAUUCAAGGUCGUGAUGAUGACACCGAUGACCUCCGGCUGACUUUUAUUGUGGAAGAUCCUCCCCUUAUGGGUGAAAUAUUAGUUAAAGGAGUCCCUACCACAAAGUUUACUCAGGCUGACAUAAUUAACGGUGUAGUUGUCUAUGCACACACUGGUGGUGAGAUAGGUCUCACCUCUCAGCAGGAUGGCUUCAAUUUGACUCUUAGUGACAUGUCUGAUGAUUGGGCAGUAGGUGGCAAUAAGGUCACCGGAGUCCAUGUUCAGGUCACCAUCCUUCCUGUUGACAGUCAGGCCCCUGAGGUCAGAGUUGGUAUUCAGUUCAGUGUCAUUGAAGGAGAAAAAUAUGCCAUUGGCCCUCAGCACUUGAACGCUGAUGAUAACGACACUCCAACUGAUGAUAUCCUUUGCACUAUCAUUGUGCAGCCCACUGCCGGCUAUGUGGAGAAUAUAUCCCCCGCUCCAGGCUCAGAGAAGUCCAGGUCAGGAACAGCUAUCAGUGCUUUUACCAUCAGAGACAUCAGGGAGGGAAAUAUCUACUACGUGCAGAGCAUUCACAAGGGGGUCGAGCCAGUAGAUGAUAGAUUCAUAUUUAGGUGCUCUGAUGGUAUAAAUUUCUCAGAGAACCAUUUCUUCCCAAUUGUUAUCAUCCCAGCGAAUGAUGAAAAACCUGAGAUUUACUUGAGAGAGAUAGUUUUGAUGGAGGGGAUGAACAUCGCCAUCGACUCACAAAUUCUGAAUGGAGCUGAUGCCGAUAUCCCAUCUGAGGAGCUGGUGUUUAUGAUUUCCAAACCUCCCAAACAUGGUGCAAUUUUAAGCCAGCUAGCCACAGGCUCCAUUUUGGUGACUAAUUUCACUUUAGAGCAGAUUAGAGAGGUGUCAAGUAUUAUUUAUGAGCACGAUGACUCAGAGACAAUCGAGGACAGCUUUGAUGUCAUUCUGACUGAUGGAAAGUACUUGGUUCAAAAAACAGCCACGGUUAUGAUCAUCGCUGUUGAUGACGAGACCCCCAGAAUGCUCAUUAAUGAUGGUCUAGAGGUGGAAAUUGGGGAGACCAAAGAAAUCAGCAACAAAGUGCUCAAAGCAACAGAUUUAGAUUCAGAUGACAGUACACUUACAUAUAUUAUCCGGUUCGAGCCUGGUCAGGGUCUGCUGCAGAGAAAAACCCCAUCGGGGUCUCUGGAAAACAUCACGCUGGGCAUGAAUUUCACGCAAGUUGAAAUUAAUGCAGGACUCAUAGUUUACACGCACAGUGGACAGGAGGGCGUUCGAGACAUGGUCAAAUUUGAUGUCACUGACGGGUUAAACCCGUUAAUUGAUCGUUAUUUCUACAUCACAGUGGACAGCAUUGACAUGGUCUUCCCUGAUGUGGUCAGUAAAGGUGUUUCUCUGAGAGAAGGUGGCAGGGUGACUCUGACCACUGAUCUCCUAAGUACCACUGACCUCAACAGUCCUGAUGAGAAUUUGGUUUUCACUGUCACAAGGGCCCCUGUUAGAGGCCACUUAGAGUGCACAGACACUCCUGGGAUUCCCAUUGUGUCUUUUACCCAGCUCCAACUGGCUGGCAGUAAGAUUUACUACAUCCAUACCUCAGACGAUGAGGUGAAAAUGGACAGUUUUGAGUUUGAAGUCACUGAUGGCUACAAUCCCGUUUUCAGAACAUUCAGAAUCUCGAUUGUGGACGUCGAUAACAAAAAACCUGUUGUGACUGUAAAUGGCCUAGUUGUCCCAGAAGGGCAGCUUAAGCUGAUAACACCUUUUGAGCUCACGGCUGAAGACCAGGACACAGCCGAGAAGCUGAUCAAAUUUACGAUCAUCCAGCUUCCUGUUCAUGGCAAAUUGCUCUACAACCAGUCCACACUUAUCAGCACCUUCACAAAACAAGACCUCAAUGAAAACCUCAUCAGCUACAAGCACGACGGAACUGAAUCCUCAGAGGACUCGCUCUCCUUUACUGUCACCGAUGGCACACACACUGACUUCUAUGUUUUCCCCGACACUGUUUUUGAGACUAGGCGUCCUCAAACUCUCAAGAUUACUAUCGUGGGAGUUGACAAUGGCAUCCCCCAAAUUGUUGUAAACAAAGGUGCGCCCACUUUGAAGAUUUUGGCCACGGGUCACCUGGGGUUCCCCAUCAGCUCCAAGGCGCUGAAGGCAGAGGACAGAGACAGCAGUCCGGCCUCGCUGCUGUUCCACAUCACCACCCAGCCAAAACAUGGUUACAUCAUUCAUCUCGGGCACGGCAACAACUCCAUCAACACCUUCAGUCAAGCCGAUAUCGAUGGCCUGAGCGUCUGCUAUGUGUUGCGGAGUGGAGAAAACGCUACGUCUGAUGUCUUCCAUUUCUCUGUUGAGGAUAAUGGUGGGAACAAGUUGAAAGGACAGCAGUUUCGUCUGGAUUGGGCCUGGAUUUCUUUGGAGAAAGAGUACUAUGUGGUGGAUGAGGAGGAGAAAUUUCUGGACGUGGUGCUCAGACGAAGAGGAUACCUGGGGGAGACGUCUUUCGUUGGGAUUGGCACCCAGGACGGCAGCGCAAAGAAGGAGGAGGACUUCAAGGGCAGGUCCCAGCGGCAAAUUCAGUUCAACCCGGGACAGACCAGAGCCACGUGGCGUGUUCGGAUACUGAAUGAUGGGAAGUACGAGCAGGAAGAAACCUUUCAAAUUUUAUUAUCGGAGCCGGUGAUGGGAGUGAUAGAGUUCCCUGUCAUGGCAACAGUUGAGAUCUUGGAUCCCAGUGAUGAGUCGACUGUAUUUUUCCCUGAACAGAUCCGCUCAGUAGAGGAAGAUGUUGGAGAGCUUUUCAUCCCAGUGCACCGCAGUGGAGACAUCAGCGAGGAGCUCAUGGUGGUCUGCUACACACAGCAGGGUUCGGCCUCAGGAACCAUUCCCACCACUGUCCUCUCUUACUCGGAUUACAUCUCCCGUCCUGAGGAACACAGCAGCCUCCUUCACUUCGACAAGGGUGAGAGGGAGAAGCUGUGCCGUGUGGUGAUCAUAGACGACUCCCUGUACGAGGGAGAAGAGAGCUUCAACGUUACUCUGUCACUGCCUGUGGGAGGACGUCUGGGAAUGCACUACCCCACCACCAAAGUUAACAUCUUGGAAGAUACGGAUGAUGUUCCUGUGUUUUACUUUGGGGAGGUAGAGUAUCAUGUGGAUGAGAGCGAUGGGUAUGUGGAGAUCAAAGUGUGGAGGACGGGAACGGAUUUGUCCAAAUCUGCAGCCGUUACUGUCAGCUCUCGCAAGGCAGAACCCGUUUCUGCAGAAGCCGGUAUUGACUAUGUGGGCAUCAGUCACAACCUUGACUUUGCUCCAGGCGUCAGCACGCAGACGUUCAGGGUAAUCAUCUUGGAUGACCUGGGACAGCCAGAGCUGGAGGGGAUUGAGAGCUUUGAGCUGGUCUUACGCAUGCCAGUGAAUGGCAUCCUGGGAGAACCUGGAAAGGCUACAGUCUUCAUAAAUGACUCAGUGUCUGACUUGCCAAAGGUCCAGUUUCGUGAGCCGGUGUACACUGGAGAGGAGAGCGAUGGCCAGAUCACAGCAACAGUGUACCGCAGUGGUGACAUCAGACAUAAAUCUUCUGUCCGCUGUUACACCCGUCAGGGCUCUGCGCAGGUUGCCUCAGACUUUGAUGAGCGGCCAAACACAGAUGCCUCUGUCAUCAGUUUCUUACCAGGCGAGGUGGAGAAGCCGUGUAUUCUGUCUCUGGUUGAUGACACGCUGUAUGAGGAUGGAGAAGAGCUCCGGCUGGUUUUAGGGAACCCAAAGAGCAAUUCACAUUUUGGCGCAUCAGUUGGAGCUCUGAAUGAGACGCUUGUGAAAAUCAAGGAUACAGCAGACAAACCCAUCAUCCGUUUUCUGGACACCAAGUUCAGUGUUAAUGAACCAAAGGAAGUCAGCGCUGUAGCCACUGUGAAGAUCCCUGUGGUACGAGUGGGUGACACAUCAAAAGUGUCGGUGGUUCGCGUUCACACUAAAGAUGGGUCAGCUGUCUCAGGAGAAGACUAUUAUCCUGUAUCUCAAGUCCUUGAGUUCAAGCAGGGGGAUAAGCAAAAUGUGGUGGAGGUGCAGGUGCUUUUUGACGGAGUCCGAGAAAUGAGGGAAGCAUUUACGCUCCAUCUGAAGCCUGAUGAAAACAUGGUGGCUGAAACUCAGGUGACUAAAGUGAUCGUUUACAUCGAGGAGAUCAACAGCAUGGCUGAUGUCACCUUUCCCUCCCUACCUCAUGUGGCGUCGUUGCUCCAUUACGAUGAUGUCGCCAGGACACCAGACAGCCUCCACCCACCAGCCGGCUAUCCACUCAUCUGUGUCACAGCUUGCAAUACAAAAUACCCAGAUUAUGACAGGACGGGCUCUAUCUGUGUCAGCGAGCACAUCAACAACACCUUGACCCGCUACCGCUGGCUCAUCAGUGCCCCAGCUGGCCCUGAUGGCGUCACCAGUCCCAUGAGGGAGGUGGACUUUGACACAUUCUUUACAUCCUCCAAGAUGAUCACAUUGGAUUCAGUCUACUUCCAAGCAGGCUCCAGGGUCCAGUGUGCUGCUAGAGCUGUUAAUUCGAACGGGGAUGAGGGCUUAGAGCUCAGCAGCCAUGUUGUCACAAUCAGCCAGGUGGAAGGUAUGUGUCAACCACGCAAGAUGGGGACUGUUGGUGCCGAGCCUUUCUCUGCCAAGCUACGCUACACUGGAGCAGACGACCCAAAACACCCUAACCUCAUCAAAGUGACUGUCACCAUGCCUCACAUAGAUGGAAUGCUUCCAGUGAUCUCAACUCGCCGUCUCACGAACUUUGAACUGACUCUCAGUCUCGAUGGAACCCGGGUCGGAAACCACCGCUGCUCUAACUUGCUUGACUACACCGAGGUCACCACAGCUCACGGCUUCAUCACUGCAUCGAUGGGCAGCCCUGAGAGCAUGGGGGACUCUGCGCCGUAUCAGUUCAGCAGCUCUCUGCGGGGGAACAGCACACUGCGCUUCUACAGGAACCUCAACCUGGAAGCCUGUCUCUGGGAGUUCACCAGCUACUACCACAUGUCUGAGCUGCUUACUGACUGUGGAGGCACCAUAGGGACUGAUGGACAGGUGCUGAACCUGGUCCAGUCCUACGUGACCCUGCGUGUGCCUCUUUAUGUAUCGUAUGUGUUCCACUCCCCUGUGGCUGCUGGUGGCUGGCAGCACUUUGAUUUACAGUCCGAGCUGCGCCUCACCUUUGUGUAUGACACGGCCAUCCUCUGGAAGGAUGGCAUCGGCAGCCCCCCACAGGCAGAGCUACACGGUGCUUUGUAUCCUAUGAGCAUGCGCAUCAAUGAGCAGGGACGUUUGGUGGUAAACUUCCAUACCAAGGCUCACUUUAGGGGUCUGUUUGUGAGGUCUCAUUCUUCUGGGAGAAUAAAACGAUCUGUCUCAAUGUCAUCCAUGGUGAUGAGUGUGGACCACCCUGGCCUGACAUUUAAUCUGACCUUAGUGAGGAGUGAGCCCACCUACAACCAACCGGUCCAGCAGUGGACCUUCACCUCUGAUUUUGCAGUGAGAGACUACUCUGGUACCUACACAGUGAAGCUGAUUCCCUGUACAACAUCCCAAAAUAUGGAAUACACUGUUCCACCUGUCUGCAGUCCCAGAGAACCCGUCACCUUUGAUCUGGAUAUCAGAUUCCAGCAAGUGAGCGAUCCAGUUGCAGUAGAAUUCAGUCUCAACACUCAGAUGCUCUUGCUGUCCAAAAGAAGCCUAUGGCUUUCUGAUGGAUCCAUGGGUUUUGGACAGGAGAGUGAUGUUGCCUUUUCUGAGGGUGAUACAAUAUACGGCCGUGUCAUGGUGGACCCUGUGCAGAACCUGGGAAAUUCUUUCUUCUGUAGCAUCGAGAAGGUGUUCCUCUGCACAGGCGCCGAUGGAUACGUACCCAAAUAUAACCCGACCAAGUUUGAAUUUGGAUGCCUGGCAGACUCCCCUUCAUUGCUGUAUAGAUUCAAGAUUCUUGACAAGGCUCAGCCGGAGACUCAGGCACGGGCAUUCGGCGAUGUCAGUUUUAAUGCUGUAUUGGCAGCGGACGAUCCAUCAGCCAUGUCACUCAUCAGGCAACCAGGGUCUGAUGGCUUUAGACUGGACUCUGCAGCCAUGUUUCAGGUUGCUGCAGGUCGUGAAUGGUACAUUCACACCAUCUACACAGUUCGCUCCAAGGAGAAUGCCAAUAGAGGCAUUGGAAAACGCAGCCUAGAGUACCACUCUGUGACUUCGACAAGCAAUGAUGUGGCCUUGACCCCAUCCAGUUCAAAAGGCCACCGCUGGAGGAGGUCAGCUGCCAAUAAAGUUCCUGAAAUCGCUGAAGAUAUUGGAGUGGAUAAGAACCGUGGUACUAACAUCAUGCACAUAGCUCUGGAUCGCACCAAGCGUAAGUCAGUGGGGUCAAAUGAACUCUUUGCUGAUGGUCUUGAACCCAGGGAGCUGCACGCAGAUGACGAAGAGGAGGGUCUGGUAACUGUGGUAGGGGCGCUGGUCGGCCUCCUGCUCAUUGUCCUCAUUAUUGUCUCCAUCGUGCUGGUGCUCAGAUCCAGACAGAAGGAUGGGAAGGAAGGAUGGAGGGAGGGCGUGCAGGAAGUGGUGAAAGGGUCUGUCAGUACAGAGCCCAUGUUGGUGGUGAGGAUGCAAGACUGCCGCAACAGCUCAGAGGUCUGAGCAAUGAAUGCACGGACAGACAGAUGGACAUGUAGGAAAUAUAUGGGAGCUUUUAUAAGUUUUUCUUUGGAAUAUCUUAAAAAAAUAUAUUUAAAAAAUGGCAUUAAAUUGCUUUCAUAACACCAAAACUCAAGAGUCAUCACGUAUGGUAUUAAGUGUGCCUGUAAAUGGGGGUGAGCUCUACAGUACAGAAUAUAUACUUAUCACUGCAACAGCAAAGCAACAUUUUUUAAAUUUUUUUUAUUUAAUACUCAGACUUGUCCUGCAAGUAGCGUAAUACUGCUGUGCUCGCUUAGUGGCUUUGUGGUGUUAAAGUGCCUGAAGCAACUACAUCCCUUCAGGACAGUCCCAGUCACCCAGUGAACAUUUACGAUAAAGCGUCACACAGGACAUGUCGAGAGAUUUAGCGCCGCGGGUGCACCUCCGGGAAAGGAGGCUAGAUAUUAACGAUAUGUGCAUCAGAGGAAAGAAUAUUUCAUCUCACAAAGAACGCUCAGAUGUUUCCUUAAAAAAUAUGAAUCAUAAACUAUCCCAUCAUUUCUGCAGUAUGCUGAGGAUAAAGUAGGUUACGGUACACAUGCUGUGCAGCUGAGGUUGUUAGAAACUCCAUCCACUGGUGGGAGAUAAUAGAAAACAAAAGGUAAAUACUGGACUUCUGUGAACUAAGUGUUUGGCUUCAAAACAUUUGUUGUAUGAGCACAUUCAUGUUAAAUCUGGGGUGAACUGUGCCUUUAAGCCUACAGUUUAGUCUUAAGAUAUUUGUUGGCGCAGUCAUAAAGACAAGCUGGCACCACUUGUGUUUUAUCUGUGAAUUAAACCUUGCAAAACUCUUAUUAUCAAACUCCAGGAAGUGAAAACAACUACUGAUAUAAUUUAAUGUUUAAUCACCAGCUAAACUUUUUUUUAAUUCCUCCACCAUAUCUACUGUUCCUUAUCAUGUUUACCAUAUACCGAAGAGUGUUUUCCUGCAUGUAUUUAGCAUCUCUGUUGCCCCUUUCUGUUUUAGUUUUUUAAAUAUUACUAGUACAGUUUUAACACUUUAGUUUUCAGCUCAUCGCUGCGUCUGAUAGCACAAUGUUCACUGCUGUCACUGCUGUCACUGCUAUCCUCACAGUGUUGUUGCUCUGUGUUUUUCUAAUACUUUCUGUCAUUUUGAGGGUUUUUUUUGUUUGUUUCUUUAUUUAACACUGAUUAAGGUACAUUUGUAACGAGACACUCAUCUCAGGAGUUAUUUCUUUUACAAAGAAUGGACUGUGUGUUAUAACACAAUUUACUACUGCUGACUGGAGAGCUCUCCAGAGCCACUUUCAACGUCUGUGUUACACUGCUAAUAAGUGUGGUGCUGUGAACAUUCAAAUACUGUAUCCAUAUCCAAUGAAUUAACCCCCUGUUCUUCCCACAUUAUGUUCAUAUUAUUUGUCACUAGUGUUGUGUGGGAUUUCAGUGUUCUGACUCAUUUUGUUUUUCCCAAACAAAUGAUGCAAAGAAAAUAGCUGCUCACAGAUCAGUAUGUCACUAUGGAAAAUAUCACAUUUGAAACUUUUGAUAUAAUCUCAUAAUUUUGUCUAUGUCACUGGUGAAGGUUCUUGUUUAUCUGUAUUGUUAAAACUAUGUCUUACUCUGCUAUGAAUAUACGACAUGCUGAUGUAAGUGUUCCUGAAUAUUUGUCUUCUUAUGGUGUUGUUAGUCAUCAUUGUAUAAUUAUUUCUACUAUUCAUCAGGGUUAGUUGAUGUGAUGGAUAUGAGCCGGAAAGCAGCUGAGGUGUGAAUCCUCGAGGUAUGUCAGGAUUUAUACAUCUGAUUGCCAGCUGUGUGUGUAUGUGUGUGUAUUUUUCUAUUUUUCGUUUCCUUUUUUAAUUCUACCCUGAUGAACUUGGAAAUAACACCAUAUCUGGUAUCAAAUGCACUUUUUUGCAUCACCUCCCUCACACGCCACUACAAGCUAUGCAAUGUAAUGUAUACCCCACAGCCAGUUAUUCCCAUAAUAUGACAAAUUUAGCACAAUCAAACUUGAUAUUUACUUUGUGUCUUUUUAUGAAUGGGUUUUUAUGUAUAUGUA